GUGCUGUCAGUGGCAAUCAGCGACGGUGGUGGUGAUGAUGUAUCUACUCAUAUGACGUUGUUCAGCAGGUGAAACGUGCAUUGAGACUUAAACUAGGAAUACGUGUAUCGCAGAGCUUCGCCAGGCUCGGGGAAAUCUCGUCCCCAGGGCGCCUUUUUGGGGUUGAGUGGAAGAGGACCCUGGAAGCGAGGUCGGGCUCGGGGUAGGAUGACUCGUUCAAUGACAAGUAUGGGAGGGUGGGGAGAAAUACGCCACUUGUACAUCUCUCAUAAUGUACUUUAUUUGCCUCCCAAAAUUUUGCGUUGAAGCAUUGUUUUCAGUUUCUCUUGGGACGGCUGUAAUACCCAGGAUAAAUGAAAAACAAAGGUUAUGGAAAAUUUUGGAGGGCAGAAAAGGUGCAUUAUGGGAGAUGUACAAGUGGUGUAUAAAGUAAAUUGUCCAGCUCAAGACCUAUAAUAACACAACAACAAAGGCAAAAGGGACUUGAGUUUUCCCGAUAGUUCAGAUGAUCUUGGCGUUCUUCUCGGAGGAUUUACAAAGGCCAGUGAGGAUAAAAUUAAAAAUAACAACAUGCAAAUGAAGCACUUGAUGGACUCAUUUGAAGCACAAAGGGAAAGAAAAAUGGCAAAAAAGUAAAUAAAUGAAGAAAAUGGAACAAAAAUGAACUCAAUAUAAGAAAUGAAUAAACGAAAGAAAAAUAAAACAGAAAAAUAGUAAAAUAAUAAUAACACUUGAUAAAAUAUAUAAUAAUAAAUUGAAAAUAAAAUAAAUAAUAUGAGAAUAAGAAAGACAAUAAUAAUGAUAGCGAUAAUGGUAAUAAUAAGAGAAAAGGAAAUAAUUGCAACAAAAAAGACUUGAUUGAUUAUUGUAAACAAAACUGCCAGGACUUUAAAGCAGUCUUGUUUCAAAAAUCCAGCAAGAAAUUUAUCUUUUAAAUUUCUAAAGUCUUUUUAGUUGCCACUACUAGUGUUUUUCCUUUUCUAUUACUAUCAUUAUUGUUAUUAUUAUUAUUAUUAUUAUUUAAGUUCCAUUUUGUUCCAUUCUUCAGAUUAUUUACUUUUUUCGUCGUUAUUCCUUUGUGCACUAGUCAUUAUUUUUAACUUAUAUCCCUAUUGAUCUAUAUAACUUUAAAUUUUACACUAUUGCAUUAAAGUUUUCAACAGAGCCGAAUUCAUAGUAUACAAGGACGGCCUGCCUAUCUGAAUUUUCUGGAACCGCCAAGUCGCUUUUGUCUUUGCUUUUUUGUUUUUUUUUCCUCAUAAUUUCUAAUUACACGCAUUGAUCCAAUAACGAAAGGAGUGAGGGAAAACUAAGCUUUUAUAAUAAGUGCAGAUAAACGUGUGGUCUUGACUUCUUGAGAGAUAUAGGAACAGUGAACGUCGACAAACUGGACAGCUUGAUGAGGCACCAUGAUGUGAAGAGGUCUAGACGUACACGAUUAACCGUUGUUGCCUGCAUGAUGAUGAUGAUGAUGAUGAUGAUGAUGAUGGUGAUGCCGACCAUGAUAUUGAGGAUUUUGUUUACGAUGAUGAUGAUGACGAUGAUGUUGACACCAUAUGAUGAUGAUGCUGAUGAUGAUGCUGACGAUGAUGAUGACGAUGAUGUUAACAACGACAAUAAUGCUGACGAUGAUGAGAAUGAUGAUGAUGACGAUGUUAACGAAGAUGAUGAAAAUGACAACGAUGCUGUAAAUGAUGAUGAUGAUGAUGAUGAGGAUGAAGACGAUGACGAUGAAGAAACCCCAAAUCUCGGUUUAUCACCAUGGCGACGUUAA